CUCCACCGAUCGUAGUCUAAGUAGUGCAAUACCAAUGGCCGAGUCUGUUGUUUCAUCCGUGGGGCAGACAAUAGGAAAGCUGCCCGUCGACGAGGCCAAAUUCUUGAGGGGCGUGGAGGACAAGGUCGAGGACCUACAAAAGGAGCUGGUCCAGGGCUUGCUGAGGGAUGCGGAUGCGAGACGAGAGCACAGCGAAGCUGUUGGCGAAUUGGUCGCGCAACUCCGAGACUUCGCCUAUGAUGCCGAGGACCUCAUCGAGAGAUACAUCCUCAGAGCCACGCCGAAGGAGGGACAAUACAUCACCAGAGCGUGUGCUUGGCUCGUGGCGAAGUGCACGUGCGGGCAGGUUCAUGUGGUGGGGACAGAGAUUGAGGACUUAAAAUCCAGCAUCUCCAAUCUUAGAACGAGCAUGCUGGCUUUUGGCACACAACCUGCGAAUGAGGGCGACCACGAAAGGGGGAGAUAUUUGACGUGGAAACGUACUUAUUCCCAUUUCGAGGAGGAUUUUGUUGGGAGGGAAGAUAGUAUCGAAGAGUUGGUGGAAAAGCUGUUGAAGGAUGGAAAACAGUAUAGAGUUAUUUCUAUAUGGGGAAUGGGUGGUGUGGGUAAAACCUCACUCGCUAGGAAAGUCCUUGCUCAGGAUGAAGUGAAGAAAAAUUUCACUAGUUUCGCUUGGGCUUGCGUAUCUCAAGAAUACGACGUGAAAGAUAUUUUGGUGGGAAUUCUCAUUAAAUUGAUCCCUGAUCAAAAUGAGAAUAUUAAGAAGAUGAUAAGUCGGGAAUUGUUUGAAAAAGUACACGAGACCCUGAAAGAAAAGAGUUGUAUCGUGGUUCUUGAUGAUAUUUGGACCAAAGAGGCAUGGGAUAGUCUUCGGGUUGCAUUCCGGGUUGAGAACACAAAAAGCAAGCUAUUGAUAACGACCCGGAAUAGAGAUGUAGCUAAGUAUAUCAAUCCUCAAGGGAUCCAUGAACUUCAAUGCUUAUCGGACCGAGAGAGCUGGGAUCUAUUAAAGAAGAGGGCGUUUCCUGAAACAAAAGGAUUAGUUGUUGAAAUUUCUUCUCAUGGACCCAGAGUUGGUCAAGAUACUAUUGCAGGCCAAGCUAUAGAAGAUAUCACAAAACAAUCAGAGAUAGAGGGACAAAUACCAGAAAUCACUGAAGACAUGAAGAAGUUAGCACAUGAACUCCUUAAGAAGUGUGUAGGAUUGCCCUUGGCUAUCAUUGUGCUUGGUGGACUGCUCGCUGUCAACAAUUGGAACACGAUUCAUGAAAAGAUAAAUUUGCAUUUUAGGGAUAAAUUUGAUGUAUCAAAAGUGUUAGCCUUAAGCUAUCACAACUUACCAUGGCAUCUAAAGCCAUGCUUCCUCUAUUUGGCUAGCUUUCCUAAGAAUGCAGAAAUCCUUGCGACGGAAGUUCUUUACAUGUGGAUUGCUGAAGGCUUUGUGUCGGGGGAUGCAUAUGACAAAGAGAGAAAAAAAUCAGUGGAAGAGGUAGCAGAGCAAUAUUUAAUAGAGUUGGUUAACAGGGGAAUGGUUCAAGUACGAUUCAAUUUAAGUGGAAAGAUCAAAAGCUUCCACCUCCACGACUUGAUGCGAGACUUAUGCAUCUCCAAGGCUCUAGAAGAGAGUUUUCUAAGCAUUCUUAACAUUCAACAGGACAAUGAGACGGAGAAUUGUUCUGCUUCAAUGGCAAUAAAAGUCGAGUCAAGUUGCAAAAUACGAAGGCUUUCUCUUAAUAAAAAUAUGAUUUCAAGCUUGGAAGCAUCAGGAAGCACUCUGGUCCACCUUCGAACUCUCAUGUCCUUCGCAGGUGUCAUAUGGGAGAGGAAGCAAUUUCAACUUAUUUUCAACCACUGUACGUUUCUCAGAGUUCUGAAACUAGAGAACCUUCAUGUGACGAGAAGCUUACCUAAACCAGUGGGAGACCUAGUUCAUUUAAGAUUCUUAAGUUUAGCAGGUGGUCGGUUUAACAGCUUGCCGCAAUCUAUGGGGAACCUUGUAUGUAUGGAAUUCUUGGACUUGGGUGUACAUACUACGGUUUCCAUGCCAAAUGUGUUGAGGAAGAUGAGAAGGUUGAGGCAUCUCCGUCUUCCUUACCAAUUUGACGUCGAUGAGAGAUUCCAUUGGGGCCGGAAGAAGCUGCAGUUGAGCACUUUAAAGAACCUACGGACAAUAAGAAACUUUAGUUCAAAUAAAUGUGAGGUGCAAGAUGUACGCAAGCUUACCAAUCUGCAAAAAUUGACUGUCUUUGAUAGGUAUCAUCCUAUCGAGCUGGAGAUAUUUCUGCAACUUGCUGAAUUCAAUUUGAAACACCUUCGAAUCUCGUCUUUUUAUCUUGGACGGUAUGAUCAUUUAUGGACUGAAGGUGAAUUAAGUAAAAUGUCAAACUAUCCCUAUUCUUGUAAGCUAUUUAUUUUUGGAAAAAUAGAGAAGUUGCCAGAACAUAAGAGUUUACCCCAGCAAUUGAGGAAGCUGGUCUUACUAUAUUCUCUACUCGAAAAAGAUCCGGUGCCAAUAUUGGAGAAAUUGCCUCACUUGGUUUUUCUCAUGUUGUACCGCACUUUCACGGGAAAGGCAAUGGUUUGCUCUGCAGGAGGCUUUCCUCAACUCAAGCAUUUACUUUUUGGUGAAUUAUAUGAUUUGGAAGAGUGGAGGGCUGCUGAAGGAGCCGUGCCUCAUCUUUCUCGAUUAGGGAUCUCCAGUUGUCCCAAAUGAGGGUGGUACCUUCACAUGUCUUUACAUAUGACGGUACGGACGAUAUAUGGAAGGAGCUCAAUAAGUUAAACGCUGCAAGAUAGGAAUAAUGAUGUGGGGUGGCCAAGGGUGGCCCCAGCUGUCCGGCGAGAGAGGAGGGAGGGAGGGGCGCGUGAGCUUGUAGGCUGUUAGGGGGGUGGGCCCUCCAGAAUAAAUAUCUAAUCUCGUAUAUUAUGAGUGAAAAUAGAGAGUAUUACUGUAUUAUGGCA